AAGAAGCCGCCUCUGAGGUUGCACCAAGAGGAGGCCUCAGGGCGCACCCCCUGCCCCUCCGCUUCCCUCCCGAGCCCAGUCUGGUUGGUUGCAGGAGAUGUCCUUGCCCCCUUUCCUUGGGGAGGCGUGGGGGGACCCCUCACCUCCUUCCUGGGGCGUCCAGGUGAUCGCUUUCUUAUAUUCCAUGAAAGAUCUCACUGAGGCCAAUAUAUGCAAAGGAUAUUUUAAAAUGAUGACUAAUAUAGUUAUCCUGAGCCUGAUUCUUUUCAUUUCUUUAUCUUUCUGGAUUAUGUCCAUGACUGCAAGCACCUAUUAUGGUUCCUUGCACCCUAUUUCUCCGUGGCGCUGGCUGUUUUCUGUGAUAGUUCCUGUUUUGAUUGCAUUUAAUGGCUUAAAAAAGAAGAGUCUGGACCACAGUGGUGCCUUGGGAGGUGUAGUAGUUGGAUUUAUCUUGACCAUCGCAAAUCUGAGCUUUUUUACUUCUUUGAUGACAUUUUUCAUUUCUUCCUCAAAACUCACCAAGUGGAAAGAAGAAGAAAAGAAGCGUGUAGAUCCUGAAUAUAAAGAAGGGGGACAGAGAAAUUGGAUUCAGGUUUUCUGUAAUGGAGCUGUACCUACAGAGCUGGCAUUGCUCUACAUGAUAGAAAAUGGGCCAGGUGAAAUUUGCAUUGAUUUCUCCAGACAAUACACCGCUUCCUGGAUGUGUUUGUCUCUUUUGGCUUCCUUGGCAUCCUCUGCAGGAGAUACAUGGGCUUCAGAAAUUGGCUCUGUCGCAAGUACUACCCAGCCACGGCUGAUAACAACCUGGCAAAGAGUUCCAAUUGGUACCAAUGGAGGGGUCACUGCAUUAGGCUUUCUCUCCAGCUUUCUCGGUGGGUCCUUGGUGGGCAUGGCCUUCUUCUUCACGCAGCUGAUUUUUGUGAAUGAUUUGGAAUCUUCUGCUCCCCAAUGGCCAGUUGUUGCAUUUGCAGGAAUGGCUGGCUUAUUGGGAUCGGUUAUUGACUCAUACUUAGGAGCGACAAUGCAGUACUCUGAUUGGGAUGAAAGUACCCGCUCUGUUGUCAGUCAGCCAACUGGUGAGACAAAAUACAUAUCAGGGAAGCCAAUUCUUGAUAACAAUGCUGUGAACCUGUUUUCUUCCAUCCUCAUCGCUCUCUUGCUUCCUAGUGCAGCAUGGGCUCUCUGGCCCAUAGAAUGAACUGUUGU